AUGUCUAAGUUUGUAAGGAAAACUUCGAAUCAAGCUACAAGAUAUGCUCUAAUAGCCUUUAAAGACAUCCUAUCAACAAAAGUGUGCUCUGUGGAUGAUGUAACUGGACCAAAAAUUAAAUGUGUCGGUGCAACAGUGAAAGUUAUUUGCAAUGGUUUGAUACAGAAGGGAACAAUCGUUACCAUAUCAGAUAAUCGGGAGUCUUUGGUAAAACAAUGUGAAUACUUUAAUGUUAGAAAGUACUUUGGUCUUUCUACAAGGACCAAGUCCGUCCAAGGUACAAAUUUUGUUAAGAAGGAGACCAAGCUAAGUCAAAGAUCAUAUUCGGUAGCAGGUCCAAUAACAUGGAGGAGUGUCAAGAAAGUAAACAGCACUCCAAUUUCUACUCGACGUUCGGUAUGUUAUAAUCGACCACUACCAUCACCUAUAGUUAAUCCCAAAAAUCCUUUCGAGUUUCCCGAUAUACCAUCACCCAACCGCCAUAAAAAUAGAUCAAAGUCUUCUUCUAAACCGACUACUACCGGAUCAUCGACACGUCUCAGGCAACGCCUCAUCACCGAUUACUUUUCCGUUAUAACCCGAACAAGUUCCUCAGAUAAAACGCUAAACAUUGAAGAUGCAAUGGAUGAGCUUGAUGAAACCAACCUUUCAGAUGUUUUUGAAGAAGACCAUGACAACAAAUCGUUAAUUUUGGUUAAUAAUUUAGAUAACCUCUUUGACAUGAUACCAGAAUCUUUAGUUGCUAAGAAUCUCCGAGAGGAAUUUGACGACACUUCUAAUUCCACUGCAUCCAGUUACAUUACACACAAUCAGGGUAUCUGUUUUGCCAGAGACGUUAUCCUAAAUAAUGCAACACGUAAUGCUAAUGUCAUGAAAUAUCUUGAUUUACAACAAUCAGCUACGAAACGUACCACAGACUCACAAGACCCAGAAACAUCUAUAGCUUCUACAGCUAGAACCACUACCACCAUUCCAACAGAUGCACCUAAACUCACCGUUUCUGAAACUUCAACCUUUCGGACGUCCGUAAAUACCAUUGGAAAACCAUCAACUCACACGUUUCCACCAUCAAGAUUACCUGGUUCUACUGGAGAUAUCUAUGAAGAGUUGACUCCUAUGGAGUUAUUUCGUAGUUUAAUGUGGAAAUGUGAUUACAGCAAACUCCAUACCAAUUUGAUUACCGAAGAUGUACUACAAUAUAUUAAACUUCGAUCAAAAACACCAGAAAUAUUUGCCAGAAAUUUGAUGUACAGAUUAUUUACUAUUCAAGAAUUGAAAGGAUGUAAUGUAUAUGGUAAAGGCUAUAUAAAUGGUAUUAGAAAUGGUCAUCUCAACCCAGACAUAGUUAAAAUUAUCUACCGGCUUACCUACAGAAUGUUUCCCUUCGUCAAGUUUAGUUGGCAGAAUUGUGUCCGAUGGAUGAAUAAAUCAAUUAGAUAUGUUACCAGUUUGAUUCCGGAGAAAACUACUGUGUCUGAUCCUGUACAUUUACCAGAUGUAACACCGUUAUUAUCAAGUACCAUCAUCCAAUAUUCAGACACUUCCAUGCCUCAUUCUACGGUAGAUGUUUCCUUAAUUGAACGAGAUUCUUCAGCGCUCACUGACAUUUUAGAUAGCUCGUUGCCCACUUACCUCACCGUACCAAUAUCGUCUACAAUUCGUAAAGAUUCGUCAGUAUGCAUACCUUUGUUGAUAACUACCAAACCAGAAUCAUGGGAAGACUCUCUGCUUCAACUCGGGGCCAUCCAACCAACUCAAGAAUCAUGGGAAAAUUCUCUUCAACCCACAGUACAAUUGCCCGAAUCUUGGGAACAUUCCUUGCUUCAACUCACCACGCAAUUGCCCUGGAAAAAUCCCUUUCGAACCAUCAAACUAACCCUAGAAUCGUGGGACAAUUCUCUGCUUCACCUUAAUGAAUCGUGUGAAGAAUCAUUGCUGAAGACAAUUCAGCCAACGACAGAAUCAUGGGAAGAUUCUCUGCUUCAUCUCUCCAUCAAGAAUAUGACACCAGAAUCACAGAAACAACCAUUGCUGAAGACAAUUCAACCAACGACAGAAUCCUGGGAUUAUCUGCUUUGUCACUCCAUCAAGAAUAUAACGCGCGAAUCAUCGGAACAAUCACUCCUGAACCAACGACAGAAUCAUGGGAAGAUUCUCUGCUUCAUCGCUCCAGCAAGACUAUGA